GUUUUGGGGUGUGCUUGCAGCAAAAAAUGUAUGCUGUCCGUAUAUUCCAAGUACAUAGAUGGCGCUACUACACUUCUAGUUGAUCCGCACCGUGAUGCUCACACGACUGAUUUCAGGAGACAUGCCAGGCGCUGAAUGAUUACGUUAUUUGUUUGUUACGCACUUGUAGCCGCCGUUCAUUAUGGCAGCCCAUGCUAGUGAGCUUGAAAUUGCGAAAAAGAAUUUAACUGAAGCAAUUGGUGAUAAUAUCAAACAUUACUGGGCGAAUUUAAAACUGUGGUUCAAACAGAAGAUCAGCAAAGAAGAGUUUGACAUCGAGGCACGUCGCCUUUUGACACAAGACAACGUUCAUGUCCACAAUGACUUUCUCUUGGCCAUUCUCACACGCUGUCAGAUCAUCGUCUCCACACCAGCUGACUGCAACCCUUUCCCAGAGGGUGCUGGAUCUUUGCCGUGGACAUGUGUCUCUGCCUCUAAGCCUGGCAAGCCAGCCAAAGGAAAAAAGAAGUUUUCCUCAAGACAGAAAUUUGAUCAUCGAUUCCAGCCCCAGAACCCUCUGAGUGCGGCCCAGAUCUUCAGCCCGCGGGAGGUGGGGAGUGAAGAGGAAGAGCUGAGACUCAGUGCCCACACCCUGUUGCUGCCAACUCGGGGCCAGCUGGAGGCUCGUAUGAUGGUCACCGCUUUCGAGUUGGGCCUGGAUAAUGUCUCUGAGGACGCUGUUAGCUCCAUGAUCCACGCUGUGGAGAACCACCUGAAGGAUGUGCUAACUGCUGUGGUGUCCAGAAGGAAGGCCUACCGGCUGCGUGACGGCCACUUCCCUUACGCCUUCGGCAGUGAUGUCACUCCACAGCCCUACCUGAAGAACAGCCUGGCAGCCUACCACAUAAUCACAGAGGGCCCCCCAUCUAGUGCAUCUCUCCAGGCCGGCCCUCCGCCUCAAGUGUCACCAGACGAUGCUGAGCAGCAGGCCGCUCUCCUCUUGGCCUGUUCCGGUAACAGUCUCCCUGCGCCCCUCCCUCCUAUUAGUAUGUUUGAUAUCCUGGAAGCGUUGCAGGUCCACCGGGGUGUGAUGCCCUCUCACACCAUGUAUGCCCUGAAUGUGGAGCGGAUCUUGUCCCGCAUCUGGCACCCCAGUCACGAGGAGCUGGAGCAGGACCAUGUGCACCGCCAGCGCCUUGCCAGGAAGGAUGGUCUGCUCGUCAGCUGAGAGACCGACUGCCAGGUGGACAGACUGACGCAUGUUAGGUGGACAGUUGGAUGGACAGAUGAUGGGGUAGUGUAGCGCAUACAGACCAGUGGAGAAAUGGACACAUGCGGUGUCGUGGAAACUCUGUCUUGAAGCAGAGAGAGGGGAUUAUAUCUAAGACUGGAUAACGCACCACUAGGCAUACUCUGUGGUUCCUCUUCAAUACUCACCACAACAUCAAGCUAUUGUCAGGGACUAUUGAAGAUGGUUGGCGAGUGCAACCCCAGCAUAAGAUGCAGUCAGUUCUUUGAGCUGUGGUGGAAGACUGGUGUGUUGUGUGGUCACAGACAUCUUGUCACUAACAUGUCUACCCAAGUCUUUCCCAUAACCUUGGACCCUUUUUUUAAAUGCACUGUUAUUGUUAAUACAAGGAGAAUGGGUGUAUUGGUUCUAACCCUCUGGUGAAGUUAUUUUUUCAGGUUACUUGUCUCUGAUCGUAUUAUUUUUGUUAUAAUUCCUAUGACUCUUGUGUACAAAUGCUGCAAAUACUGAACAUUGACCUGCUCUUCUAGAAUUAUGCCAUUACACUUUAGUCCUUUUCCACUGUUAUCAAGCAGUCAAAACAUUACAGUAUGUACUCAAAUAUGUUUGUAUGAUUUUUUUUUUGACCCAACAAAUAUUUUAUAGCAGUGAAAGUCAAAAAUGGCAAAAUAAUUAAACUUCCGCCAACACCAGUUUCACAAUGAA